AAACUAGUGUACAGCACAGGCCGGAAGGAAGUGAAAAUCACUAUUUCGACUAAAUGCAAUUGUGUUAAUCAUUAACUAGAUUUACCUGUGCACAUAACUCAUCUAAAGCUUUGGCUGAAACUUAUGUAUGUACAGUAGUUAUACGACCAGUGUUCUGUCCUCAAUAACAUUAUCUCGACGGCAAAUCUACAUUAACAAUGGAAACUCUUGGCUUACUACUGUCGUUAACGUUCUGUUGCCUUGCACUCACUGUCACAGAGGUAAAAAGCGAUUAUUGCUACGGUUAUUACGACUCCGAUGGUAAUUAUACAGAAGGCUUCUACUGUCCCAAAACGGUUAAUUCAAGCUCUGAGGCAGGGUAUAAUUCCAGCUCUAAAACAUACUGCUGUCAGUCAAGUACCGACAAAUACUGUUGUGAUUAUGACGAUUGGUUGUCUGAUGGAGUAUCUGAUGUCGUUAUUUGCGGGACAUCUGUAGACUACAUUGGUAUUGGUAUUGUGGUUGUGGUUGUUGCUGUACUCAUCACUAUUGGAGCCAUUGCUGGUAUAAUUGCAUGUGUGUGUUGUUGUAUCAAAAAGAGAAGUAACAAUAGUACACGUGCCCACGUGAUUCAUACCCAACCUUAUCUACAACCACAAGGCGCACUAUGGACUGCAGAAUCACCUCCAGUUUAUGGGGUACAACCAACGUUCACUGAGCCACCACCACCACCAUAUGAUACAUUAUACGGCAAAUAAGUACCUCCAUAAACACACUGGGACAAAACAAGUACAUAUACCC